UGGAGAAACUGUAAGGCGAGGAGGCGUGGGGCGUGCUCCCCCGGCUGCUUUUCGCCCCGUCCGGUAGUGCCUGUAUCUCUCUCCCACCCACUCCAGGCUGCGGGAGACUCGGCGCUCAGUUCCACCGGCCGCGGAGCAGCGGAUAAUAUGAGACAGGGCGGCCCAUAGGGGCGAGGAAGACCCGCGCGCGCACACACACACACUCUCUGUAGCUGACAUGCGCCCCGCGUCUGCCUUCCACACGCUCUGAAUGCUCACACGCCGUGAAGGAAAUGCCCGGCUGGAAGAAGAACAUUCCCGCCUGUCUGCAGGCUGAGCAGGACGGAGAUGAGGGGCCAUACUCAAAGCCCUCCAAUUCCUCCAAGCCACCGGAUGGAGCACUGGCCGUCAGGAGACAGAGUAUCCCAGAUGAGUUCAAGGGCUCCACCAUGGUGGAGCUGAUGAAGAAGGAGGGCACCACCCUGGGCCUCACCGUGUCUGGGGGCAUCGACAAGGAUGGCAAGCCCCGCGUGUCCAACCUGCGGCAGGGAGGCAUCGCUGCUAGGAGUGAUCAGUUGAACGUUGGGGACUACAUUAAGUCUGUCAACGGGAUCAACUUGACCAAGUUCCGCCAUGAUGAGAUCAUCAGCCUUCUGAAGAACGUGGGCGAGCGGGUUGUCCUGGAGGUGGAGUACGAGUUGCCCCCUGUCUCUGUUCAGGGCUCAGGGGUGAUGUUCAAAACAGUUGAAGUGACAUUGCACAAGGAAGGCAAUACUUUUGGAUUUGUUAUAAGAGGGGGCGCCCAUGAGGACAGGAACAAGUCCCGCCCUGUCGUCAUAACAACCGUGAGGCCUGGAGGUCCAGCCGACAGGGAGGGCACCAUCAAGCCAGGGGACCGGCUGCUGAGCAUCGAUGGCAUCCGACUGCACGGCACCUCCCACACAGAGGCCAUGAGCAUCCUCAAACAGUGUGGCCAAGAGGCUACGCUGCUCAUUGAAUACGACGUGUCCGUCAUGGAUUCAAUAGGCACUGCGUCAGGGCCGCUCCUCGUUGAGGUGGCCAAGUCGCUCGGCUCCAGCCUGGGAAUUGCAUUAUCUACCUCUAUGUACUGUAACAAGCAGGUCAUCAUCAUCGACAAGGUUAAACCCGCCAGCAUUGCAGACAGGUGUGGAGCGCUGCACGCAGGUGACCACAUCCUGUCAGUGGACGGCACCAGCAUGGAGUACUGCACCUUGGCAGAGGCCACACAGCUGCUGGCCAGCGCUUGCGAGCACGUCAAGAUUGAGAUCCUACCCCACCAUCAGACUCGUCUGGCCCUUAAGGGCCCGGAGCAGGUCAAGGUGCAGCGCAGCAACCGGCCGCUUCCCUGGGAAUCCUGUGGCAACAACAACAGCAACUUCAUGCCCUACCAGCACUAUAACACCUACCACCCCGAUCAUUCCCGGACACAGGCCUCCAAACACCAGAAAUCCUCUCCAAACAACCCCCCGCUGGGCACCUCCUUCUCGCCUACCUCCAUGAGCGCCUACAGCCUCAGCUCCCUCAACAUGGGCACCCUGCCUCGCAACAUGUACCCGACCAGCCCUCGCGGCACCAUGAUGAGGCGGAAGCUCAAGAAGAAGGAUCACAAGAGUUCCUUGUCCCUCGCCUCCAGUACGUUGGGUCUUGCCGGCCAGGUUGUCCACACAGAGACCACCGAGGUCACCCUCAUCAGUGACUCCAUCAUGGGCUUUGGGAUCCAGCUACAAGGGGGUGUGUUCGCCACAGAGACCCUGACCUCUCCUCCGCUCAUCGCCUACAUCGAUCCGGACAGCCCAGCGGAGAGGUGUGGGAUUCUGCAGAUUGGUGACCGCAUAUUGGCCAUCAAUGGCAUCCCCACAGAGGACAGCACCCUGGAGGAGGCCAACCAGCUCCUGCGAGAUUCCAGCAUCACCAGCAAGGUCACCCUGGAGAUCGAGUUUGACGUGGCAGAAUCGGUUAUUCCCAGUAGCGGCACUUUUCACGUGAAGCUACCAAAGAAGACUGGUGUGGAGCUGGGCAUCACCAUCAGUUCUCCAUCCAGCAGGAAACCUGGAGAUGCACUCAUCAUCUCGGACAUCAAGAAAGGCAGCGUUGCUCACAGGACAGGAACGCUGGAACUCGGGGACAAGCUGCUGGCCAUCGACAACAUCCGGCUGGACAACUGCUCCAUGGAGGACGCCGUGCAGAUCCUCCAGCAGUGUGAAGACCUUGUGAAGCUGAAGAUCCGCAAAGACGAGGACAACUCAGACGAGCAGGAGAGUUCUGGUGCCAUCAUUUACACAGUGGAGCUGAAGCGCUAUGGAGGCCCACUGGGCAUCACCAUUUCAGGCACCGAGGAACCCUUCGACCCCAUAAUCAUCUCCAGUCUGACCAAGGGAGGCCUGGCCGAGAGGACCGGCGCCAUCCACAUCGGUGACCGAAUCCUGGCCAUCAACAGCAACAGCCUAAAAGGCAAGCCGCUGAGUGAGGCCAUCCACCUGCUGCAGAUGGCCGGAGAGUCCGUCACCCUGAAGAUCAAGAAGCAGGGCGAGCUGACGAGCCCCAAGAAGUGCUCUGUCUCAGGGCGCCUCAGUGAGCUCAGCGACGUCGAGGAUGACGCACAGGCGGGUCCCAAGCCCAGCAAACUCUCUGACAUCUACUCCACAACCAUCCCCAGCGUGGACAGUGCCGUGGAGUCCUGGGAUGGCUCCGCCAUUGACACAGCCUUCAGCAGCCAGGCUCCGGCGUACCAGGCAACAGGCUACAGUUUCCACAACCAGGAAUGGAGGAACACCAAGAUGCGGGGCAGCCUGUCACCUGUCACGUCCCGCCAAAGAAACAACAUCUUCCAGGACCUGGGACUGAGUGACGACGAGUGGGAGCGACCCACCACCAGUGGAGCUGCCACACUGCCCACUGGCUUCAUCACGGACAGCAGGUUCACUGUAGGUCACGAUGGAACAGAACCCGACCAGGAGGAGAACUUCUGGUCCCAGGCCCUGGAAGACCUGGAAACAUGUGGCCAGUCUGGGAUCUUGCGGGAGCUGGAGGACAAGCCAGACAGGCUUCUGAAUAAGAGAAACCUGACCAUCUUGGCCACCAUCAUGUCAGGCAGCACUCUGAGCCUGAACCACGACCCCGCUCCCCUGCGUAGCCACCUGGGUCGCCAGGCCAGCUUCCAGGAGCGCAGCACUAGCCGACCCCAGUACACCCAGGCCAACCGUAGCAACACGCUGCCCAGCGACCCUGGGCGCCGGGCAUUCGCCAUGAGGAAGAUGAAGCAGGAGAUCAAGGACAUCAUGUCGCCAACACCGGUGGAGUUGCAUAAGGUGACACUGUACAAAGAGUCAGACACAGAAGACUUUGGGUUCAGUGUGUCUGACGCACUCCUUGAGAAGGGAGUGUACGUGAACAACAUUCGCCCCAAUGGACCUGCAGACCUCGGUGGCCUCAAGCCGUACGACAGACUGCUCCAGAUCAACCAUGUUCGCACAAGAGAUUUUGACUGCUGCCUUGUGGUUCCUCUGAUUGCCGAGUCAGGAAACAAACUAGACUUAGUGAUCAGCAGGAACCCUCUGGCCUCACAAACUUCGGCAGACCCAAGCCAAGUUCCUGCAGAGGUGCCGGUGGACUGGAACGAGCCAGGCGAUGGCCUACAGACCCAGGACUCCAGACUUACAGGCGGAGAAGCCAGAGAUCCAACCAAGACAUUAUAGCAGCGCAGGAUGCAGCC